AUGUCUCACCUCAAGUACUACGCAUAUGAGGGCGUCGGUGUACGGAACCGAGAGAAGUAUCGAUAUAGUCAAGCAGUCCGCGUUGGCGACAGGAUCGAGUGUGCCGGCCAGGGCGGCUGGCACGAUGACGGCACAUUCGAGAUGGAAAUCAACGUCCAGAUCGACCGUGCGUUCGCCAAUGUCGAGAAGAACCUCAAGGACGCUGGCGGAAAGGGCUGGUCGCAGGUCUUCCGUGUUGAUUCGUAUCAUGUGCCGCUCGACGAUGAGGCGCUCGCUGCCAUGAUUCGGAAUUUUGCCAAGUACAUGCCCGAUCACCAACCGAUCUGGACGUGUGUUGGUGUUCCACGUCUCGGGGAGGAAGAAAUGAAAGUGGAGAUCGCCGUGGUAGCCCAUGAUGCGGAGGGGGCCAAGACGGCCUGA